ACGCGAUUGAUCAGCUCCGGCCGCGACUUUAAAUAAACAUUGACAAAGCUGCUCCCCUCUGCCGGCUGCACCGUCGCUCCUGUCCUUCCUCUCUCCUUCUCUGUUUGCAGUUCCAGUCCCCUGUGCUCCCGUGCAUCACGCGAUAACAUCAGAAGCGUGUGCCCGGAUCCGCCAGCAGCGAUGGCGGAAGCUGAACACGCAACUCCGGCAGCGCCGUUCGUGGUGCUGCGCGGAGCCUCAUCCGAGAUGCCCCAGCGCAUCAUCACCUCUCCUCAGCACCUGGACAACCCCAACGGCGGGGUCGAGACCGUCUAGGUGAAAGGGGGAUACGUGCCUCAUCAAGUGAGGCGAGGGUUUGGAGCUGCCGUCCUCAUUGGAUCCAGUCCGACGAACCCAUAUCACCCUUUGGAUAUCCAGGACGGCUGUUUACCAACAGUUGUCUGCCCUGGGGAAGCCGUUUUACACGGAAUAACUCAUUUCGCUUUUAUACACACAGCUCUAUUUUAUCAUUAAAAUUCCUCCUCUUGAUCUCAAAGGAUACUCAGCAGUGCCACCGCCCGCCCGCCUUGCUUGAAGAGAUCAUACGACCUAUACAUCUUCUACAGCCACUGAUAAAGUUCGGAGCUUAAAAAUAUGGCGGCUGUCAGCACCAUGUCCACAUCUGUGGAUGGGUCACACCUCUUCCCCUGGGGGGACCUGGGCGGCACCACCAACCUCUUGCCUUCCAGCAGUUUGACGGCGAUCCUCUCAUUCGUUGUUGGUACCUGCAGCUCAUGCCCUGGCUUGGAAACGCUACCUGGGGAGCUCAUCCUUGAAAUUUUCAAAGAUCUAGACGUUGUGAGCGCUGUCAUCUUAGCAACCACUUGCAAACGACUCCGGCAGCUCUUCAUCAACCACAGGUCUCAUAUUGUCUUGUCGAUACUGCCAUCUGACCCCGAGAUCAGCCCGGUAGAUGGAUUAUUUCAGGUCGCGGCCAUGGAUCCGGGCGACCUCAGCAUCCCUUGGGGCACCUGGCUAUACAAGGAGGUAUGGUUUAGAAGGAAGCUGCUUUGCCCCGGUGGGCAGUUGCCCGUUUGGGUCUGCGAGGGCCGCAAUCCCCAGCGUGCGAAGUUCAAGACAAAUGCCGACGAGGCCGUGCUCCCUCUCGGGGUCGCAUGCCUUGGCGAGGCCGAUAUCGAUCGACUCCUGGAGAUUUCCAAAGUUGCCAGGGGAUGGGAGCGCAUUUUCCCACGCUUCCGCUUCUGGCAACACCCGGAGCACGCCCGAAGACUGCGGCCUCACGAGGCCGUGCGGUUGCGCAGGGCGCUGUAUCACUGGAUGAGAUACGACUACUAUUUUCACGGCGACCGCCUCCCUCCGCCGGGGCCCUUGGAGCCGUUCGGUUCCGACGAACGCUGCAACUUUGUCCGCAUGCUCGACAGCGGCGAGGCAUCGGAGCUCGCGGACCUGUGGAUCACCGUGAAGGCGGCAGCGGCGUCGCUGUGCCCUAGCCUGACCGCUGUCCGCCUCGACGUGGAGUCGUCGGUGACGGAGGAACAACUCACCGGCGUUGCCUGGGGCGCGACAGACCACGAGCACUCGAUGAGCGUCUCGACGAUGCUGAAGCUCGGUCCGGAAAGGCUGCUGUACUACAUUGAGCACGCGCACGAUUACAGCAAAGCGAGGCUGGUCGACGAGAUCUGCCGGCAACGCCCUUCCAUUGAGUCUGAUACGGAGAGCUUGACGACAGCCAUUAGCGUGGUGUACCGAGAGCGGUACGAUCAUUGCCUUUCACACGAGGCCCCGGUGCCACCCAGUCCCUUCUCGUCCCCACGAGAGCCCUUUGGGGGUAUUCUGGACUGGGGUGAGGAAGAGCUCGAGUCGCUGCGAGGUAGUGUCAUGGCUGGUUUUGGGUUGAGGUGGCUGGCUGAGGAUGAGGAGGAUGAAGAUGAGGAGGAUGCGGAGGAGGAUGAGGAGGAGAGCGAGGACCAGGAGGAAGUUGCAGGAGAGGAAGGAGAUGCCCAUGGUAUGCUGGCAGGAGGCCUGGGAUUCUAAUCCAGACGGGUAGCCGAUCAACUGCCAUUUCCUAAUGGCUUCUUCUGGUCAUAUCCUAUACGACGCAGUGCCCAUCAAUGUCCAUGUGCAAUCUGAUUGUUAC